GAGUUCGCUCUAGGCUUAACAUACGUCGCUAUUUCUCGUAUACGCACGCUAGAGGGCCUACUGUUUAAGUCGUUAUUCGACUUUGUACGCAUUCGCGAUCUCGGAGCCGGUAAGAUCUUACAGAUGCGGAAGGAAGAUAAACUCCGCCGCGAGCCGUAG